UUGAAAUUUGGAUAGUAUGUAUAUAAUAUUUGGUUUUUAGUGAAGCCUAGCUUUAUUGGUUUCUAUUUCUAGAAGCACAGAUUCUUGAUUAUUUCCCUUUGGUAGAAUGCUGGUGCAGAAAUGGAAUUUUUUUAAAAAACAUUUGAAUUUGGAUGGAAUAUUGGGAUUUCUGUUUUUAGUUGAGUUUCUAAGCUUUUUGAAUGUGAUGGGAAUGGAUGAGGGGGAUAAUGCUUCGAAAAUGAUAAGAUUUUUGAAGAACUGAAGGAUAUUUAGUGACUGUAAGAACUGAAGAAGGUUUCGUUGAAGGGUGGAUUUGGUGUAUGAUGGGUUGCAUAUGUUGCAAACCUUCUGCAAUUGAAGAUAGCAAGGAGAGUCCUAGAGAGAGGCCUUCGAGUAAAGCCUCCUCAGAAGUUAGGGCACCAAGGGCCACUUCUUCUAGGAGGGAGGGAGCUUAUAGAGCAAAGGAUCGGUCUGAUAACAAUGAAGUGCGGACAAUGUUAAUUGAUAAACAAGUGAAUGGUUCGGUACAGUUGCAUGGUGAGAAUUUGGACCGGAAGAGGGAGAAGAAGGAGUAUGUUGUUACUCAACACCCCGGGAUGGGUAGUCUCCCGAAAGCUACAGAAGGUGAGCAGCUGGCAGCAGGGUGGCCUGCUUGGUUGGCUUCUGUGGCAGGAGAAGCAAUCAGAGGAUGGGUGCCACGACGUGCUGACUCAUUUGAGAAGCUGGAUAAAAUUGGCCAGGGGACUUAUAGUAAUGUUUAUAGGGCUCGGGAUUUAGAUCAGAAAAAACUUGUUGCUCUGAAGAAAGUAAGAUUCGAUAACCUUGAACCGGAGAGUGUUCGGUUUAUGGCAAGGGAAAUUCACAUGCUACGUAGACUUGACCAUCCAAAUGUUAUAAAGCUGGAAGGUCUGGUUACCUCAAGGAUAUCUUGCAGCUUGUACCUUGUUUUUGAAUAUAUGGAACAUGAUUUGGCUGGUCUUGCUUCACAUCCGGGUCUGAAGUUUUCAGAGCCACAGGUUAAGUGCUACAUGCACCAACUUUUGCGUGGUCUUGAACAUUGUCACAGCCAUGGUGUCCUACACCGUGACAUAAAAGGUUCGAAUCUUCUAAUUGACAACAAUGGCACCUUGAAGAUUGCAGAUUUUGGUCUGGCAAGUUUUUAUGAUCCCCAUCAAAGUCAGCCCCUGACAAGCCGUGUUGUAACUCUUUGGUAUAGACCACCAGAGCUUCUACUUGGUGCCACUUACUAUGGUACUGCCGUGGAUUUAUGGAGUACAGGUUGCAUACUUGCUGAGUUAUACGCUGGCAAGCCUAUUAUGCCUGGAAGAACUGAGGUGGAACAGUUGCAUAAAAUUUUCAAACUUUGUGGCUCACCUUCUGAAGACUAUUGGAGAAAAUCAAAGUUGCCUCAUGCUACAAUUUUUAAGCCUCAACAGCCUUAUAGACGCUGUGUUGCUGAAUCAUUUAAGGAAUUUCCUGCACCGGCAUUAGCGCUCAUGGAAACCUUACUUUCCAUUGAUCCUGCUGAUCGCGAAUCUGCAGCUUCUGCUCUCAAGAGUGAGUUCUUUACCACGAAUCCACUUCCCUGUGAUCCUUCAAGCUUGCCCAAGUAUCCUCCUAGCAAGGAGUUAGAUGCAAAAAUGAGGGAUGAGGAAGCAAGAAGACAAGGAGCAGCAGGAACCCAAGGUCAGAGACCCGACCAUUACAGUAGAGCAACAAGAGAGUCUCGAGCCAUGCCAGCACCUGAUGCCAAUGCUGAACUAGUCUUGUCAAUGCAGAAAAGGCAAGGUCAACCCAAUUCUAAGAGUCGGAGUGAGAAGUUUAAUCCUCAUCCCGAAGAAGUUGCCUCAGGUUUUCCUAUAGAUCCACCUCGACCAUCACAAGCAGUAGAAUCAAAUGCAGAUGUACAGGGGAAUCGUCACAAGAGAGCCUCCCAUUCGGGGCCACUGGCUCACCGAGCUUCAUGGGAAAAGUAUGGAAAAAACCUCGAUGAUGCUCAAAAAUCUUCUACAGGGGCUGACUUGUCAAUGAUGCCAGGCUUAGUGGCUGCAAGAAGUAAUCUUAUAUCUGAAGACCCCAGAGAGAGAACCAGUUCUUCGCAACCAGAAGCUCCAAAAGUAUUUGCAAGAUUUCCUGGUUCCUUUAAGGAGGCAUCAGAAGCCUUCCAACAGGAUCCUAAACAUAAUAUGCAACAGAAAGAAGAUGGAAGAAAUAACAUCAAAGAUCCAGUUCUGAUUGGUUAUGGCUCAAAAGGUCACAAAAUUCACUAUUCUGGUCCAUUAUUAGUUCCAUCAGGUAACAUGGAUCAGAUGCUCAAGGACCAUGAUCGUCAAAUUCAAGAAGCUGUUCGACGAGCACGCCUGGAUAAGGCAAAGAUGAAAAAGGUUCCGUUAGAAGGCAAUCAAAUAUCAACCAAUUCAUUAUUCGUUUCUGGUCUUUGAGCUAAACUUCAUGAACAUCAAAUCAGGAUGAACAUUGUCAAGAUGAUGGCAGGAAAUAAUUUGGCUGCCGAUUUGCUUCUGAAAUAUGAACCAAAGUCUUCUUUUCUUUCUUGUAUAGCUCAAUCCUUAUAGGAAGAUUGCUAGUGAGGCAUAUGUAGUUAAGCUUAUAGCUGACUUAGAGAUCUUUUUCUGUGAUUAAACAUGCGCAUUUCUUUACCACUCUACAACUGUAAUCUGCUAAGAUAUAACCCAUUCCUGUAGAUCUGCCAAAGGUUAAAUGCAGUGAUCUUUAGAUUAUUUAAUGUAAUGAAACAAGCAUAAUCUAGCUUGUUUAUCAA